UAUAUUGAUAUAUAUCGCAUUUAAUAAAAACGAUCAGGAUUUUUCUGUUAAAGACUACGAGUUUAAUAUGGGAUUCUUUCGGAUAAUUACCUUUGCUAUUGCAAUGAUAGUUUCUACAAUGGAUGGCUCAAUAGGAGAAACUCCGCCAAUUUAUGAUGACGAGUUGCAAAUAGACGAUGACACCAAUGAGAAGAGCGUUGAAGCCGUUGAUCAUUUCCUGGUCUGUCCGCCUCGUGAUGUUGCGAGAGGCGAAGGUCGAUUUGUCGUCGCAAUAAAAGGCAAUAACACGUUCUGCGAAGGCUCAAUUAUUGACAGCAAUUGGGUUUUAACCUCUGCUCGUUGUUUGUCCUCACUCGUUGACUCUAAUUUUCAAGUUAUUGCUGGCGUGCGCUCCCUUGUCCGUCCGUUCGAGCAGCAUACAUCUCAAAUCCGUGAGAUCACUAAUCAUAAUUAUGUAAAUAUUCACGAGGGUUAUACACACGACAACCCAAAUUCAGAAGAAAGUGAUAAGGAACAAAAUAUUGAUCCCCAUAAUAUUGGUCUUAUUUAUGUGAAGAGUCCGUUCGAUUAUGAUAGUGCUGUACAACCUAUACCUUUGCCGUUAAAGGAAUGCCUCGACGACGGCCGUGGCAAGAUGUAUGGAUGGCAACUACACAAAUCAUUGAAGUUGCAAACUCUUGAUCUGCAAAUAAUUGACAGCGAUAAGUGCAAAGUCCCUUGGGGUGACGAUUCUGAUAUAGAUUCCCAUCAUAUUUGCACUCAAAUAACAGGGCCGUGCACUUCUGGCCCUGGUAGCGACGAAAUGAUGAUGGAGGGACCAAUGGAUGAGAACAGUAAUAUUACGUCGUAUUAUAUCGAUCCUACUUGUGGUGGUAACGAUGGUAGUGCAGCCGUGCUUGUCACACCAAAUGUUGGUGAAGUGUUAGUCGGUAUUCUAAAUUACGCUGAUAUCGAUUGCGGUGAAUCGACUCGGCCAAUUGUUUACACGUCAACGUUUGCUUACAUGGACUGGAUUGAAAAAGAAAUUAAAAAGUUUUCUGAAAAAAGUAAAGCCACUGCUAAGAAAAGACGACCACUCACAUAAUUAAGUUAAUAAUCUUUAAACUCAAGUCUUAUCUCGUAAUCGUAAUAUUUAAUAUUUACCGUACGCCUUCAUUUAUAAUUUUUUUGCA